GCUCAAGCGACAUUUCCAAAGAAUCAUUUCCAGUUGUUUACGCCUCAGCCUACCUCAGCCUAUCGAUGAGUUCUUUCUUACUGUAUAAUGCAAGCGAUCAGCUCCCAUAAUUGCGCUCAGGACGCCGCAAAACCAACAGAAUACAGUACUGGAUAUUUCAGUUAAUGUUGACUCGAAGGCGCUCCGUCUCGCAGAUCCUCUCUCUAUACAUGGCAAAGCAUGUACCCUUCACCAAGAAAGUGGGUGGUAAGUACCGAGUCAACCACCAAGUGAGUGACGACUGGGGUAAUCUAAACACGGGUCAUCACCCUGGACUCCGACCUCCACCGCCCCCUUCGCCUAUUGACGACGUGGGUAUUAGACUUGAAAGUGUCAUACGUUAGUGUGUCAUACGAAUUCAUCGAACAAUACGCUUCCGAUCGUCCGUCGGGACCUUCUCACCAGAUAUGAAGGAAGUCGGAUUAUGACAGGAACCCGCCAGACCGAGGGGGGCACACCGAAUCACCGAACACUAUUCAAGUCAUAUUGCACAAGCUCAAUUACAUUGGUUCUGCGUGGAAGGGUAGUAUCACGCACCACGCAGCGCAUGCAACCCCCUUCAAAAGCAUCUACGCACGUAAAUCAGCGCUUGAUCCGCAUCCCCGGGAGCAAUCUAACGCUGUUAUCUCCUGCAAUAAACCACUCUGCCAAGAUGGUUCUCUGGCAUAUUGGACCUGUGAUGAUCUCAGACAGGUCGAAUCAAGCUUGUGGAAACCUAACUCACCUGUGUACCCCCUCCACGCCUCCAUCCUUGCGCAGAAGUUAUGUCUGUACAAACUUGCGUCGUUCGCCCGAUGCUUCCAACGCGGUGUGGGGACCAGAAGACGCUACUGUACCCGCCAACAGACACCCUAGUCAUGUCAUUCACUAUGCAAGGUUUAUGGGUAUUACCGACGUUCAUCGACAUUGAGCAGUGGAAACAAGCUUUAGCAAAGACCUUAAGCAUCUUUCCCCCAGCCGCCGGUCGUCUGCGCAAGAAACCAGACACGGCUUCGGGAAAGGGUGACAUCUACCUAGAGUUGAACAACAAUGGAAUCACUGUUUCUCUGGUGGAUGAUUACACCACCGAGCGGUUCCCUAUGGUCAACGUUGUGGUUCACCCGGAAGAGAUGGAACCUUGGAUUGACCAAAUCCCUCAGGAGACGAUUGACAGCGACGAACCGUUGCUUCGCUUCAAGUUCACCAGAUUGCAUAAGACCGGCCAAAUGAUCUACACCGCGGCCUGGCUUCAUGCACUCGGAGAUGGAUUCACAAUGAACUUGUUCAUGCGAUACUUGGCCCAUUUCUACCGUGGCGAGAGCACAUCUUCCCUUCCCCUACCUGCCAUAACCAAAGUCUUCCUUCCGCCACCACCAUCGGACCCUGCCUUAGCAGACAAGAUUCUUCCAUUGAUGAAACAUCUUCGCGAUGCCAAACCGCUGGAAGAGCUCGUCCCAGCCUUGAUGGCAAGCGAAACACGUACCGUUCCAGUGUACAUAUCCUUCACGGCAGAACAACUGCAACUUUUGGCAAAACGUGCAGUAUCUGCUAUGCCUGAUUCCAAGACAGGUAGGCUCGGUAAAGUCGAUGUAGCCAUUGCGUAUCUCGUGUUGCACUAUAAUCGAGUUCUGGGAGAGGUACAUCCUGAGCAAGAGAAGGUGGAUACGAUCGUCAACACAAUUGACUAUCGAGGAAACCCAGCUUUCGCCCCGACUGCUAUGUUCGGGAACUGCGCUAUAACACUCACUUGUCCAUCUUUUACGCUUCCCCCUCUCCCACCAAACGCAGGUCCGCGAGACAAAGAACUCCAUUUCGACCGUUGUCUCGCCACCAUCGCAUCAAGUAUCCGAGCCGGUACAAACCAAUCGCGCGACCCCAAAUUUCUCGCACCGUACUUGCAGUGGCACAGCGAACUCUGUCGCCGUUGUUACCAGGAGGGGAAAUACCAGUACAUCUUGCCCAUAACAGACCGCGAAAUCACGUUCAACUCCAGUCAUGCGGUUAAUUGGCGCAAAUGCGGAGAUUUCUAUGAAUCUGGAUCGGAGUGGGCCGACACCAAGUAUACGAGGUUCCACACGAGUUCUGUGAUCGAGAGGUAUAUACGUAUCUUCCCUGCGAAUCCUGCUUGGAUAGGGGAGAACGGUGCGCAUGGUGCCAAGGGUGUUGGAGAAGGCAAGUGGGAUCAUUCGUUGGAUGGUGGUAUUGAAGCAGCAUUUAGGUUGGAUAAGUCUAUUGCUGAUACAUUCCAGGCGAGAAUCAAGCAAGAGUUGCAGCAGGGGGUCGGUCGUACAUUCGCACAGCUCUGAUUCAUUUUGUCCGUAUUCCAGUUCCUUCUUGAUAGAUCAUGUAGACAGAACAUAGGGACCAUACAAGAAGUCCUAGUAGUAGCCGUUAGCGAAUGGAUAUCUCUGUCUGACUAUACGUGACGUGAGGC